ACGCAGCAAGCUCCCACGUCACAACCUCCGAUGGGCACAGCAAACCCAGCCACCGCACACAUCCCUGGCACCUUUGAAUUUGAAACAGCUCAACCAGCAACACCAGGACUACGACACUUGGCCACUGAUGAUCGGCGCCAUGCCCAACGUCAAAGCCCCCCAAGAUCGAUUCCGUCUCGUCUGGAUCAUCUUCUUCAUCAUGGGCUUGGGCGCUCUGCUGCCGUGGAAUUUUUUCAUUACAGCCUCAGCGUACUUCAGGGAUCGGCUGGAAAGCGUGCAGAACGAGAGCAGCAUCAACGGAAGCCUCGUCAGCAACGGGAGCCUCGCCGCAAACGGCACCCAGCAGGCGCAGUGGACGGACAGCGUCCUCGCGAAACGCUACGACGGGGCCAUGACGCUCGUGUCCAUGGUGGCCAUCUUCAUCGCCUCCGUCCUCACCACCCUCGUGCAAUCAAGAGUGUCUGCCAGGGUACGCAUCUUGAUUGGCCUGUACGGAAACCUGGCCAUGUUUGUGCUGACAGCAGUGCUGGUGUGGGUAAAGAUGCUGUCCCCGAAAGAUUUUUUCAUCAUCACCAUAAUAAGCGUGUUCAUCAUCAAUAUGUUUGGUGCGGUGUUUGAGGCCAGCCUGUUCGGCCUGGCGGGUCAGUUCCCCACCAGCUACAUGACGGCCGUGAUGAGCGGCGUGGGCAUAUCCGGAAUGUUCACGGCCCUGGCCAUGAUCUUCGCUCUCCUCGGCAGCAGCGACAACAGCUCGGUGGCGUUCUGGUAUUUCGUGACGGCCUGCGUCAUAACCGUGAUCACCAUCUUGUGCUAUGUGUCGCUCUCCCGCCUGAGGUUCUCCAUUUACUACUUGAUGGAAGACAUCAAAGUCCAAAUCGAGGAAAACGUCAGUAGCAUCGAAGAUGAGCACAAUGGAGAGUUUCAGGAUGACACCAUGUGCCCGGACAACAAACACAUCUUAAAUGUUUGCCAAAGCCUUAUCAGAAAAUGUGCCAUCAUGAAACAGAUCUGGAUGCCGGCCUUCUCGGUGUGCUGCGUGUUCUGGAUCACCUUCACCCUCUUCCCAGCCAUCACCGUUCGCGUCGACACCGUCACUGACGAUAGCAAAUGGAAUACAUUUUUCCAGCCAGUGUGCGGCUUCCUCGCAUUUGGCUUCAGUGACUUCGUGGGGCGCAGCCUCCCGGCCCUCUACAUGUGGCCCAAGGCGGACAGCUGGUGGCUCCCGGUGCUGGUGGUGCUGCGCCUGGUGUUCGUUCCGUUGUUCCUCCUCUGUAACAUCGCCUCCAGGCCCCUGGGCAUAACCCCCUUCAGACACGACGCCGCCUUUGUGAUCAUCAUGCUGCUGAUGGGCACAAGCCACGGUUACCUUGCCACGCUGGCCAUGAGCUAUGGGCCCAAAAACGUCAAUGCCCACCAAGCGGAGACAGCUGGCGUGAUCAUGAUGACAUUCACUGCACUGGGUUUGGCGUUGGGAGGUGUCUCUUCUUUUAUAAUCACUUGGUAUUUGUGACCUCAGUCCAAGUGGCCUGCAUCGAAUUUAUUUUUGAGAGAUUUGACCAGAAUGGUGCACAACCCAACCCAUUGGAUUGUUUAAUUAAGGACCCCAGCACGGUUAGUUGGGGUACAAGGAAACUACUUUGUACUACAAGUACUGUUCGCAACAUCAGUGCUUUUGUUUUACAUCAAAUAUUGUAUUUCCGCGUAUGCGAUAAGUACAUUUAUAGAUAAAAAGACAUUUAGGGGAUCCGUGGUAGCGAGAUGCUAACUACCUCGCCUGAUAUAAAGGAGUUCGUGGGUUCGAUCCCGACCCCUGACACCUGUAUUUUUGCAGUUUGCGUGUCUUUCUCCCCGUGGUCACGUGGAUUUUUUCUCCGGGUCCUCCGGUUUUGCCCUCCAUGCAUUAUUUAGUCAUUAAUUCACUGGUGGAAGAGGGCCGAUCCACACCUCGUCAUGGGGGUAGUUUUGCCAUUCCAGCGUGGUCAGUGUGGGUCGAUACAAAAAUUGCCCCGGACCAAUGCAGAUAUCACUCCCCACUAAUAUUAGCCAUGGCUCAUCUGUGUACUGGACAUCUGUGAAAAAGAGCUUCAUAGCUCAUCGGAUUCCUCCAGUAUAUUCUGAUUCUGAUUGCAACGCACCAACGUCUGGACACAUUUCAAAUCAACAUCACAGGUUCAGAGUAUUUGGCUGCUAUUAAAAAUUGUCGCGCAAUGAGCCACUUCGUUGACUUAUCAUUUGUGAUAGCCAUGUCGCUUCUGAAAAAAAGCAAUAUAGCUUCAGUGGGGCCUUACCUGGUCAAAUAAAACAUUGUUUAGUUUAGACGAAAAUAUUGAAAUCUGGUCAGGCCUCACCAACAGGAGGUUCUCGCUGGAGAUGUUUUCGCCACUUUCCUGGUUGUCCAUAUUUAGAAACCAGAGUUCCUGGGAAAAAAACCCACGUGUACAGAGAGGAGGACAAGCCCCUACUUGUUGUGCUGCCUCCGAUUUUCCCCUCGUUGGUAUCCCACGUUAAUCAGAAUCAGAACAUGCAUUUAUACUGGAGGAAUCCGAUGAGCUAUAAAGCUCUCUUUCAUAGAUGUCCGGUAGUUUUCACAGAUGUUCGGUAAACAUGAGAACCCACAUGUAGCAAACAUGAGAAGCUGCACUUUUGCUUGCUAUUCAGAUGAAUACUUUCCUCUUAUUCACACGUGAAUCCCCUUGCUCUCAUGACCUACCUAAGGUAUAGCCACUGAGUCAGUACAGAAGAAGUUUGCUCUGAUCAACCCCGUUAAUUUUCUAUUUAAAAAGGGGAUUGAACAUAUGUUAAUGGUCAUAUACGAUGCUUAUAACGUGGACCUUUAAAUUGGGGUCUCUCCACUUUAACCACAACACAGAUGUGAAGCUAUUAGCGACUUCCAUCAGGAUUAUUGUGGCCAUUAUGUAGAGUUAAUAUUACAAGUCAGUUCACUGGCCAAUUGUCUUAUGGGUGGCUUCAGCCCAUUUUGAAUAUCAAAAAAAUUCAAAGCUCCUAUCGUGUUCGUGUGGCGACAGUAAGCAGUCCAGAUGUGGGAGUGGGGUACAGGCCAUCUUCUGUGGAUAAAUCAGCGUAUUGGGUGACUUUGAUACAUUACUAAGAAGGCUGAAGCAUUGCAGUCUUGAGACUGCUCGGCAAUAGCUGUAUUUAAACAUACAUUGUAUAAACUUUGACUCAUUGCUUAUUUAUUUCCUGCAGAGGUAGGGCACCAUAAACACGCAUCGUAGUCGAAGCCAACGUGUCUCGGUGCUCACAUGAGCAUGGGGUGAUCACCUCUUUUGGCCACUUGUGAGCCAGCGGUGGAUAUUCUAAGUUCCUAUGGCUGGUGGGGAGGGGUCCCUUAAUCGGGACAAAUGUCGACUUUCCCACAGAUAUAUAUUUUUAAUCUUUCCCAAUGGGAUCAUUGGCAGCGUCAUUCCUUGAUAGGGGAUUAAAGUAAUGUAAUUCGAGUGACCCAUGCACCAGUAUCGUCACCAGCACGGUCAGCAGUGCACGCACAGAAGCCAAUCAACGGGUUUUAAGAGCAGUGCUCAGAUGAAGCGUGCACAACCACGCGUAUUACUGUCCAGUUGCACUGUGGAGCAAGCCACGACUUGGCCGGUGAGAUUCCGUAAAAGUUAAACCAACCCGGGGUUCGCCUUGUUUAAACACGUGCUACUGGGCGAUGUUUAUAUGAGAACACCAUUUGCUCAUGAAUUAAAUGUUAUUUAGCUUCAGUGCUUUAAAUAAGAAAAAUGUAUGCCCAUAAUUCAACAAGGUUGCACAUUUUGUCCUUGAAUAUAAGACGUUGAGUACACUGCAUCACGAGUGAGUAUUCCAUCUCCAAUUUUUCUAAUUGUGCCUUGUGUGCUAGAAAUACAUCUAAUGUAUGUACAUAAUACAUACACACAUAUCUAUGCAGAAAAAGUUUUUUUGCAAUCUUCGACCCAGGUGGAUAUAAAACAAGUUAAUGAUGGUGUGUUGGUGGUCUGAGCAAGAGCAGUACAAAGGCUCACGGCUGUUGUCUCUUGCUUGAAGUUAUCCCGGUAGGUAUUUUAAAAAUUGUAUCAAAGACCCGCCUUUCCCGCUACUUACAUUAACUCUUCUAACCCACAAUUUCUUCAACAAAGGAGUGCAAAUGAUGGAUGGACAAGGCACCUUCCGCUUGCUUCCUGUAUAUUUGGAGGUUGCGGUGUCUCUCUCUCUUCGUGGUCGCGUGGAAUUUUCUCCGGGUUCUUCGGUUUUCCAUCCACAUUUAGAAUCAACGUGCGUUUAGAGCAUUUGGCUGCAAUAAAUGUCCACACGAUGACAAGCCACUUCGUUGAGCUAUUAUUUCUGAUGGCCAGGUCGCUUCUGAAAUAGAGCUAGAUAGCUCAGUCAGGCCUUACCUGGUAGAAUAAAAAAAUUGUUUAGUUAUUUUCCCCACAUACGCCCUUUGCAGCGUACACAUGACUUCAUCCCCCCCUUUAUCUGACUGGCCAAUUGGUUCCGCAGUAAGAGCGAACGGAUUGCGAUUGGAAAGGUCGCGAGUUCAAAUCCUGGCUGGUGGUUGACUCA